GAGAGUAGCCUGCGUCUCGAGGGUUGUGUCCGCCAUGGAUUCGAUCACGACCUUUCAUAGCGUGAAUCAAUAUGGCAACGAAGGCCAGUAGCAGAUGCUUUGGCGGUUGCAGAAAUGAAAGCAAGCGUGGGAAUCUUUGGCAUGAUAUUUGGAAACUUUCGUGCUAUGAUCUGCUCCUACUGUACUGGGCUCGAAAUUCAGAGGCUGGAUCUUGCACGGGAGCAUGAGUG